CGGCCAGUGCUGAGUAACCGGUCGAAAUCGAAAUUGUGAGCAUUUUUUCUUCUGCAUUUGUCAAAAGCGUCGCUUGACCUCACUGCCUCAGCCGAAGCGCUAAAACGAUGCACUCCCGGACCAUAGUCGCCAGACAUGUCAUAAACUUUUCGGAUGGAUCCGUGCCCAUCCAGGUUGAUUAUCCCGAUCCCAGGGUGUUUAGGAACUGCUCAAACUAUGCUGAUCGUGUUCCGGGCCUGAGCUGGAAUAAGUUUUCCAUACAUCAUCUGGGACAACUCGAGUAUUUGGAGAAUCCACAGCAAGUGAUUGUUGAAGCCAUCUUUGAUGCGGUCGACGGCGAGGAGUUCUAUCCGGUUGCCUAUGAGCGUGGUCCUCACGCCGACAACUUUCUGGCGCGUGCCUGCAAGCCGGCGAUAGACAAGCUAUUUGCCCAGAAGCUCUGCUUAAGCAUAUCUACCGGUGCCAGUCUACAGAUAAGCGUGCAGUUCGGUGUGGCCGCCAACAGAAGCAAUCAGAUCUCGCCUCCGCUGCUCGUAUCUCAGGAGGUCUCGCGCCUAAUGGAGCGUCUGGAGGUGCACAACGGCGUGCGUGGCGUGUUGAAUCUGAGCAACUUUGGGGCGAAUCCCUGUUUCAAGAACAUUGUGGUUAGUCUGGCAAAUGUAUCCACCCUGAGGCAAGUCUGCCAAAACAUCUAUCACGAUGACCGGUUUAGCGCGGUGAAUGGAUUCAUUUUCGCGGACAAUCAAAUGAAGAGCGUGGACCCGCUCAAGCUGUUUGGCGAUGUCGAAUAUGGACUCCUGGAUCUCAGUGGAAAUAAGAUUGGUUCUUCGGUUCGUCUGUGCCGCGAAUUGAAUCGUGUUCGUGCAAAGGAACUGAAGCUGGCUGACAAUCCCAUCACGAAGAGUUCCAAAUAUCCAAAUAGCAUCAAAGCGCUGCAGGGAAACUUCAGUAUGGUGGAUGGCAUACCCUACGACAAGCUCCACAGCACCUAUACGCCCCUGAACCAUGAUAUCGAUAUGGAGUCGGAUGGCAUACGCAUUGACUGGACCAACAAAUGGAAGCUGGCAGACUUUGAGCAUAGUGAAGAUUGGCAUGCCUUUCUGGUACCUGAUCCCAUGCACCUGUUAACUGAACAACAGCUCUUUAGUUUAUUCUUUAUUACGGCGAACCAAAUGCUGACCGAGAUCUAUCCCUGCUAUUACAAGUUUGACGGAAAGGAGCACAUUUUUAUGGUGCGCAACUGCUUCGAACAGAUUGCGUAUUUGGUGCACAGCUGUAAUCUGGAGAUAAAACUACCCGAAAUGCAGCCAAAGUUAGAUGACCCAGAUGUAAGCAUGGAUCCUCGCACUAUUCCGUUCUAUCUGCGCAUGAAUGUCAUCCGCUUCCAACUGCAUCAUGUGGAUCCCCAGGAGAGGAUUACCAAAUGCAUUCAGAAGUGCUAUGUAGUCCAGAAUCGGCUGCUCAAGUUGUCGGACUUUCAGGCAACCGAAGGCCUCAAGGGCCUUUGGGUCCACAUGGGCUCCACGAGGAUUCUGAACAAUAUGCUGACGAUUAUCUCACGCUUGUUCAUGUCCAACUGCUCGGAGAUCCGUCUGUGCAACAAUAAUAUUCUCCGGAUUGACGACGCACGCGUCCUGUCGCGAAUGGGCAACCUGAGGGCGCUAGACCUGGGCCACAAUUGGAUACAUGAUUUGGAGCACAUCAAGGCGCUGGGUGAGCUGCCGCUCAAGUCGCUGCGACUCCAUGGCAAUCCGUUGUGCCAAAAGUACAGCCUCCCCAAUGACUAUAUCCAGGCAGUGCUGGAAAUCUUCCCUCAACUGACGACGCUGGAUGGGGUGGAUCUGAGCAGCAAGCCGGGCCAGGCGCCGCAGAAGAACUUCCUCUGUGACAUUGGGGCCUACGAGCUGGUGGGCGACGUAUUUCUCCAUAACUAUCUGCGCGAGUUCGAGCAGGCGGACGAACGGGCCAAUCUCCUGAUGAAAUAUUACACUGACGACUCGAUAUUCACCAUGACCUGCAGCUAUGUGAUUGAGCGCGCACCAUCAUUUAACACGCAUAUCAACAAGCGCAUCUCAAAGUACAACAGGCACUCGCGAAACAUCAAGAAGUGGUCGGACUACAGCAAAGCCACAAACGAAUUCCAUGUGGGUGUGACGGAAAUCAUUGACGUGCUCAUGGAGCUGCCGAGUGUCGUCCAUGACUUUAUCUCCCUACAGACGGACGUGAUGCACUUCAAUGGCCAGUCGGCGGUUAUUCAUGUGACUGGUCUGAUGCGCGACGACUCUCCGAGCACCCAUAACCAGAAGGAGUUGUAUUUGGCCUUUAGCAGGAACUUCGUACUCAAGGUUGAUGAUCAGGGAUUGGGCUUUGGCAAGAAGUCUUGCCGCUUGAAGAUCGUCAAUGACCACUUGAGCAUCAUGAAUCCCUCGAGGAACCAGUUGAAAAGUGCGUUCAAGGUCUGCCCACUGCCAAAGGAUCGCGUGAUGGCGCCAGCAUCCGAGGAUUCACUCGAAGGCAAGAGCGACAAGCUCAUAUUUUUCCUCGAGCUAACCGGCCUAACGUCUCCUUGGUGCACAAGAAUCGUGGAGUCGGCCGAAUGGGACUUCGAGCUGGCCACCAAAAUGUUUCUUAAAAUGGUGAAAAACAGUGAGAUUCCCGAGUCGGCGUUCCUCUAGAGUCUAGACAGACACUACCUAAUGUUUUGUGGAAACCGAAUUUAAUUGAGGAACCAAAGAAGAAAUCAAAGACUAGCAACUAAUAACAUGUGCCUUCAACCUACCUUACCGAAUACAUAUUAAUAUUUAAGCUACUCUCCAAAGAAAUCAAAGCUUAAAAACUGCCAUGGAAAACCAUUUGGAUUAUUACUUAGAUGGCCAAAAAAACAUUUAUUAUUAUAUUAAAGAGUUAUUCACUGGCAAUACACGAAUCAUCUCCACGAAUUACUACUACACAGAGACAUUCAUAGCAAAUACACAUGUAUAUAAGUAUAAUUGUUUAUAUAUCCAUCUCCAAC